AUGCAAGCCUCCUGCAAAGCAGCCGUUGACAAAACAGUGAAUUACCUGAAGGGAGUGGAGCUGUAUCGACCUUUUCCCAUCGUCCGACCGGGAUUCCUUGUACACCAGCUUCCAGCAGAUCCACCCCAAGAAGGCGUCAAGAUGGAGACCAUCUUAGAGGAUGUGGAUAGACUGCUUCUACCCGGCGUAACCCAUUGGAACCACCCACACUUCCAUGCCUACUUUGCAAUGGCAAAUUCGUAUCCAGCUGUGUGCGCUGAUAUCAUCAGCAGUGCCAUCGGAGGAAUCGGUUUUACGUGGGCUUCUUCCCCAGUGAGUACGGAACUUGAGGUGGUUAUGACCAAUUGGCUGGUUAAGAUGCUCGGCCUUCCGGAUUUCUACCUUCACAACGUCAGUGGUGGAGGUGGUGUUAUUGGGACCACCUGUAGUGAGCAGGCCGUUGUGACAAUGAUGGCAGCUCGUAACAAGGCGAUUGAAAAGUACAUUGCGGAUCAUCCGGGAGCCACAAAUUACAAGGCUAUGUCGAAACUUGCGCACUGUUCCAUUGAAAGAGCAGGUCUCCUGAAUCUUCUCCCUUUUCGGAGCCUUCCAGUGAACGAGAAGUUCCAGCUCACAGGAGAAACACUUGAAUCAGCCAUUGUGGAAGAUAUCGCCAUGGGAAAAGUCCCUUUCUACGUAUGUCUUUCAUCUACUUUAACACGAGCCCGGAAAUCGGACAUUAAGGAAAGUGGCAUUGACGAGUUCCUCCUAACACCAUCUAGUGUGCGUGUGUGUUGUGCUGCCACAUUGGGAACAACAAGCUGUUGCAGUUUUGAUCGGUUGGAAGAGAUUGGCCCAAUCUGCAAGAAAUAUGGCCUGUGGCUUCACGUAGACGCCGCGUACGCGGGAUCUGCUUUCAUUUGUCCGGAACUUCGACGUUAUCUUCGAGGAGUUGAGUAUACAUCUUCCUUCGCAUUCAAUCCUCACAAGUGGCUCCUAACCAACUUUGAUUGUUCCGUCGUGUGUACCGAUGCUCAAUACCUGAAAUACGAUGAAGUAGGCAAGAUGCCCGACUAUCGGAAUUGGCAAUUAUCAUUUGGACGCAAAUUUCGAUCAAUCAAACUCUGGUUCGUGAUUCGAAAAUUCGGUGUAGGCGGAUUGCAAGGUUACAUCCGUCAGCACAUUCGAAUGGCUAAGUAUUUGGAGUCACUUAUCAGAACGGAUCCCCGAUUUGAAAUUAUUUGUGGUGUUGUACUCGGUCUCGUCUGCUUCCGUAUUAAGAAUAACAAUGAGAUGACAAAAGAACUAUACAAGAUGAUUGAGGAGGAUGGCCGCAUUCAUCUGGUAACAUCCAAAAUCACGGGCCCAGACAUGAAGGAGAUAUUUUUCAUUCGGAUAGCCAUUGUGUACCUCUUCACGGAUGAGGAAACCUGCAGCUUUGCCUAUAAUGUCAUCUGUGAAAUUGCUGACAAAUUAAUGGGUAGUUAUCAAAACAAACCGGCAAAUGGCCAAAUAAGGUACGAGAAUGUAUCCAAGUAG